AUGACUACUGAGGUACCCUCAACUACAACAUUAACAGAUAUUCCAACUACUAGUGCAUCCACAGUGGCAUCUACUACAAUCACAACAGAGACAACUGCUGAGACAACUGCCCUAGCAAUGACAACGAUUAACACUGAAGUACCCACAACCAAUGAAACUCCAACAAAUAUUGCAACUACUAGUGCAUCCACAGUGGCAUCUACUACAAUCACAACACAGACAAUUGCUGAGACAACUACUCUAGCAACGACAACAAUUAACACUGAAGUACCCACAACCAACGAAACUACAAAUAUUCCAACUACUAGUGCAUCCACAGUGGCAUCUACUACAAACACAGCAACAGAGACAACUGCUGAGACAACUGCCCUAGCAAUGACAACGAUUAACUCUGAAGUACCCACAACCAAUGAAAUUCCACCAAAUAUUCCAACUACUAGUGCAUCCACAAUGGCAUCGACUACAAUCGCGACACAGACUAUUGCUGAGAAAACUGCUCUAGCAAUGACAACACUGAACACUGAAGUACCCAUAACCAAUGAAACUCCAACAACCAUGACUACUGAGCUACCCUCAACUUCAACAUUAACAGAUAUUCCAACUACUAGUGCAUCCACAGUGGCAUCUACUACAAUCACAACACAGACAAUUGCUGAGACAACUACUCUAGCAAUGACACCAAUUAACACUGAAGUACCCACAACCAACGAAACUACAAAUAUUCCAACUACUUGUACAUCCACAGUGGCAUGUACUACAAUGACAACAAAGACAACUGCUGAGACAACUGCCCUAGCAAUGACAAUGAUUAACACUGAAGUACCCACAACCAAUGAAAUUCCAACAAGUACAAUCAUAACAACAGAUGAAACUACAACUACGGCCUCCAACACUGAACUUAAUAAAAGCACAGCACCAGCAACUGCCGAAAUAACAACGGCUCCAGCCAUGACUACUGAGAAAUCCUCAACUACAACAUUAACAGAUAUUCCAACUACUAGUGCAUUCACAGUGGCAUCUACUACAAUCACAACAGAGACAACUGCUGAGACAACUACUCUAGCAAUGACAACACUGAACACUGAAGUACCCACAACCAACGAAACUACAAGUACAAUCAUAACAAUAGAUGGAACUACAAGUACGGCCUCCAACACUGAACUUAAUAAAAGCACAGCACCAGCAACUGCCGAAAUAACAACGGCUCAAGCCAUGACUACUGAGAAAUCCUCAACUACAACAUUAACAGAUAUUCCAACUACUAGUGCAUUCACAGUGGCAUCUACUACAAUCACAACAGAGACAACUGCUGAGACAACUACUCUAGCAAUGACAACACUGAACACUGAAGUACCCACAACCAACGAAACUACAAAUGAAACUACAACUACGGCCUCCAACACUGAACUUAAUAAAAGCACAGCACCAGCAACUGCCGAAAUAACAACGGCUCAAGCCAUGACUACUGAGAAAUCCUCAACUACAACAUUAACAGAUAUUCCAACUACUAGUGCAUUCACAGUGGCAUCUACUACAAUCACAACAGAGACAACUGCUGAGACAACUACUCUAGCAAUGACAACACUGAACACUGAAGUACCCACAACCAACGAAACUACAAGUACAAUCAUAACAAUAGAUGGAACUACAAGUACGGCCUCCAACACUGAACUUAAUAAAAGCACAGCACCAGCAACUGCCGAAAUAACAACGGCUCAAGCCAUGACUACUGAGAAAUCCUCAACUACAACAUUAACAGAUAUUCCAACUACUAGUGCAUUCACAGUGGCAUCUACUACAAUCACAACAGAGACAACUGCUGAGACAACUACUCUAGCAAUGACAACACUGAACACUGAAGUACCCACAACCAACGAAACUACAAUACCCACAACCAAUGAAACUCCAAAAAGUACAAUCAUAACAACAGAUGUAAGUACAACUACGGCCUCCAACACUGAACCUACUAAAAGCACAGCACCAGACACUGCUGAAAUAACAACGGCUCCAGCCAUGACUACUGAGCUACCCUCAACUACAACAUUAACAGAUAUUCCAACUACUAGUGCAUCCACAGUGGCAUCUACUACAAUCACAACAGAGACAACUGCUGAGACAACUGCCCUGGCAAUGACAACGAUUAACACUGAAGUACCCACAACCAAUGAAACUCCAACAAGUACCCCCAACUUCAAUCACUGCACCAGUAACAGCACCAUCAAAAUUGGAUUUAGUAACUGCUACUGCGUUCCCAUUUCAGCACACUACAAAUGCUUCACCAACUACAAACAGAACUACUGA